AUGAGCGGCGAGCCAGUCACAGUCUUCGUCUCUGAUGACCUGGCGCCAGCCGACGUUGAGCACUGGCUGUCGUUUGACGAAGCCGUUCUGCCUCAUCCUCCGCCUCCCAUCGACGACCAUCACUUGCAGACACAGCUUCUCCCGGAGUUACCGUUCAAUCCUUUAGAUCCUUCACUCGCUUUCCUGAUAGGCGACCAUGCUCCUCAGCAGGCGCAGCAGCAGACGCAGCAGCAGUCUCAGCAGCAAGGGCGAGAUUACGAUCCAGGAGAGCAGCAGCAGCAGCAGCAGCAGCAGCAACAGCAACAGGGAGCCCCCCAGUUCAACGUAACCGACAGCACACGGCCUCUCCUCUCCGCCAUCCAUGCCGGUCCCGCUCCCCCCCAACGCUCCUCCCCCGCCCAGCGCCCCUCGCCCUCCUUCGGCGGUGACAUAGGAGUGGGCGGGAUCAGAGGACCUCCCGCCGACCCUCCCUCCGCUCCGCCCCCGUGCAAGCUGCCUCGGCGCCCCCCGGACCUCUCCUCCCGCCUCGCCGCCGUGCUGCAAAACAUCAACCCGCCACGCCCUGCGCCCUCCCCCUGGCGAAACCCCCCCAGCUUGCCCAAGCCGGGCCUCCCUUCUGCAGCCACGCCUCCAGCUCCCGCUGCCACUGCGUCUAUCUCUGUUGCUCAGUCGUUCCCCAUGCCAGGUUCCUCCACAGCAGCAGCAGCAGCAGCAGCAGCGAUUCCACCACCAGCAGCAGCAGCAGCAGCAGCAGUAGCAGCACCAGCAGUUGCAUCAUCAGCGGUAGCAGCAGCAGCAGUAGCGGGAUGGGCGGAUGGGGGGUGGAGGGAUGCGGGGAUGGGGGGGUGGAGGGAUGCGGGGAUGGGGGGGUGGAGGGAUGCGGGGAUGGGGGGGUGGAGGGAUGCGGGGAUGGGGGGGUGGAGGGAUGCGGGGAUGGGGGGGUGGAGGGAUGCGGGGAUGGGGAUGGGUGAAGAAGUCGUCAUUGCUGAAGCCAUGGCUGUUGAUGACUCGGUGCAUGAGGUGCACCCAUGUGUAAUCUACAGCAGAAGGGGACACCUCGUUCACACACCUUUCCCCUUCCCUUGCAUUCCCCUGUUCCUUCCUUCUCGCCCUCCCGGCCUUCCACCUGCCUCCCCUGUCCCGACACUACCCCACCAGGUGCGGUGGCGGCAGUUCAUGCGGCAGGUGCGGAGGGAGGCGGCAGCGGGGGGGGACACGCUGCAGCGCAUCGCCUUCCACGCCUUGGAGGCGCUGCAGGCGCGCAUGGAUGGCACCGCGCUCACAAGAUGGCAAACCCCCUUGAACAUCACUCUUCAGGUACUUGCCUUCCCCCCUCCCCGCCUUCCCCACUCCCCACCUUCCCCACUCCCGACCUUCCCCACUCCUCAUCUUCCCCUCUCCCUCCCUCUCCCCCCUCCGGGCAAUGUUCCUGCCCCUCUCCCUCCCGUUGCCUCACACUCUGCCGGCCAGUCCGUGCGGCGGCGGCGGCUGCACAUCAUAGCCAUUGGAUUCUACGGCGGGCCGCACUGGAUCAACAUCCUCAUGCGCCUCGCCGCCCACCUCUCCACCCUGCCCCUCCUCCCCGCCACCGCCAAUGCCGCCCCUGCCGCCGCCGCCUCUGCCGCCGCCACCCCUGCUGCCGUCGGCCCUGUGGCAGGCAGCAAUAGCUCUACCAGCAGCGGCAGCACGAGCGGCAGCAGUGGGAGCACUCACCCCGCACCCCACACUCCAAAUCCUCCCACACCUCCUUCACAAACGACCCACACCUCAUCCCUGACCAAUGCUGCUCCUCCGCCCCGCCCCACGGUCCACGUGAGAAUCACAGCCGUUGAUUUCGGAAUCAUCAGAGUGGAGGAGUAUCCGACAGGGCUGGUGCAUCUGGGCGGGCAGUACCUGGAGCAGGUGGCAUCUAUGCUCGGCCUCUCUCUCACAUUUCACGGCAUAGAAACAACCCCUCACGACUUCCACCCGUCGCAAGUGGAGGUGGAUGAAGGGGAGGAGGUGGUGGUGCUGGCCAAUUGGGGCCUUAUGGUCUUCCCAGACGACACUGUGCUGCGCUCCAACCCCCGCAACUCUAUCCUUAAGUGGAUCCGCGACUUGCGCCCUCUGCUCCUCCUGCAGGUCGACAUUGAUUUGGACGCCAACGGGCCCUUCUUCCUCUCACGCUUCCACGCUGCCUUCGCCAACUUUGCGGCAUUCGUUGAGUCGUUUGAUGCCACCAUGCCGCACUCCGCCACGCCACGCUUCGUAGCAGAAUCCAUCCUCGCGCGGGACUUUAUGAACGGGAUCGCAUGCGAGGGCAUGAACAGAUGGCUGCGAGCAGAGCGGCUCAAGAAAUGGGUGCAUCGGAUGAGAGCGGUGGGGCUGGAGCCGGUGCCUAUAGGGCCGGACACGGUGGCGGCUGGGAAGGCGAUCACAGAGGGGAAGGAUGGGCGGUUCAGGUUAGAAUGGCCUGAGAUGAGUCUGGGGUUGGCCGUUGGGUAUCCCUCUGAUCAACAGGUGGCAUGGCCGGACACGGUGGCGGCUGGGAGAGACGGGCAUGGUGAGACGGGCGCUCUGCAGCUCAGCCGUGGCAAGGGCAGCAUAGCCAAGCUCAUGAAUACAAGACAGGUCUUAUCAAACCAGGGCUUCAUAAUCCGUGCUGUAAGCCUUCCCGAGAUGGAGUUGCAUAAAGACAUGAUCGGCGAGCCGGUCACGGUCUUCGUCUUUGAUGACUUGGCGCCUGCGGACGUUGAGCACUGGCUGUCGUUCGACGAAGCCGUUUUGCCUCAUCCUCCGCCUUCCACCGACGACCCUCACUUGCAGACACAGCUUCCCCCGGAGUUACCGUUCAAUUCUUUAGAUCCGUCACUUGCUUUCCUGAUAGGCGACGAUGCUCUUAUAGCAUACGUUCUGCGCGCAUUGCAGCCUGAUGGUUCCCGUCCGCAGGUGCUGACAUUCGAAGAAGCUUACGAGCGGUUGUUCGCGGCGGUAGCGCCAGCGCCUUUUCAGAACGCGAGGGGCCGCUGUGAGCAAGUGCAGCGUGAGCAAGCACCUAGGGCGCAGCUGCUGUUGCCAGAGCAGGAGGAAGCGCAGAUUCAGCUGCUGACACCGCAGGAGCAGACGCAGCAGCAGUCGCAGCAGCAGACGCAGCAGCAAGGGCAAGAUCACGAUCUGGGCGAGCAGCAGCAGGGAUCCCUUCGGUCGAGUAUACCCCCCAGCACGCGUCCUCUCCGCUCCGCCAUCCAUGCCCGACCCUCUUCCCCCCAGCGCUCCUCUCCCACCCAGCGCCUCUCGCCCUAUCUCGGCGGUGACAUAGGCGUGGGCGGGAUCAGAGGGCCUCCCGCCGAUCCUCCCUCCGCUCCGCCACCGUCCAAGCUGCCUCGGCGACCCCCCGACCUCUCCUCCCGCCUUGCCGCCGUGCUGCAAAACAUCAACCCACCGGGGCCUGCGACCUCCCCCUGGCAAACCCUCCCCUGCUUGCCCAAGCCGUGCCUUCCUUGUGCUGCCACGCCCGCAGCUCCCGCCGCGCCUGCAGCUCCCUCUGCCAGUGCGUCUACCGCUGGAGCUUGGUCGUUCCCCGUGCUGGGUUCAUCCGCAGCAGCAGCAUCGAUCUCACCAGCACCACCUACAGCAGCAGCAGCAGUAGCAGCAGCGCCAGGGACAGCUACAGCAGUAGCAACAACAGCAGCAGUAGCAGCAGCAGCAGUAGAGUUAGCAGUAGCGUCUGCAGUCUCUUGCAUACAGGCGUCUGAGAGCAGGCUCGUGGUUGGAAGCAGUCGGGGAGACGCGAAUGGUUUUAUGCGCUCAACACUGCUCUCCUCUGCUGCUAACAGUAGCGAUGCUGUUACUUGUGGAUAUGACCAGCAAGUGCAGUGGCCAGCAUCUUCUCUGGACAGCAGUGCACUAGGCAGGAUUCACGUCAAUAAGGCGCACAGCAACCCACUGAACACUGCCCCAGCCAGUGCAGGGCACAGUGCAGCAAGCAGGGCGUCUGUCGCCACCCCCCACGUUGUUGCAUUCGGCCCCGAGAGGCCCCUGCGAGUGGAUGUGUCGGGCAUGCUGCCACGGCCCAUGUGUGGCGCGAGGGAGGGCAUGCUGAAGCAGCAGCUCAUGGCUCUUGCUGAAGCCAUGGCUGUUGAUGACUCGGUGUGUGGGGCUCGUGCAGUGGUGGCAGUGCAUGCACAGGUGCUCAUUCCCGAAAGCUCUUUUGAUGGUUCAACAAAAGCGGAUUCAUGCCCUCAACCAAACCCCUCCCUCCACCAGGUGCGGUGGCGGCAGUUCAUGCGGCAGGUGCGGAGGGAGGCGGCAGCAGGGGGGGACACGCUGCAGCGCAUCGCCUUUCACGCGCUGGAGGCGCUGCGGGCACGCAUAGAUGGCACCGCGCUCACAAGAUGGCGCACCCCCUUGAAAGUCACCCUUCAGGAUUCGUUGGCAGCGAUGGGCCAUGGCAACGAGCAUGGGAUGCCGACAUUCAUGCACCUCGCCAACACUGCAGCCGUGCACGAAGUCGUUCACGCAUUCACCCGCCAGCCACAUGCUCACGCACGCACGCACCCACAUGCACACGCACUCGGCCAUGCUCCCCAUUCCGCUGCCACCCUCCCACACAAACUGCACCCGCCUGCUCCUUCCGCCCAGCAUGUCUCUUUCCCUGCCUCUGCAAGCCACUCCGUGCGGCAGCGGCGGCUGCACAUCAUAGCCAUUGGGUUCUACGGCGGGCCGCAUUGGAUCAACAUUCUCAUGCGCCUCGCAGCUCACUUCUCCACCCCUCCUCUCAUCCCCGCCUCUGCUGCCGCCGACAAUGACCUUCCGCCAAGUGGGAUCCCCACAAACCCCACCACACCUCUUUCACACGCUACUCCCCCGCCCCGCCCUACGGUCCACAUGAGAAUCACAGCCGUUGACUUAGGUGUUGUCAAAGUGGAGGAGUAUCCAACGGGCCUGGUGCAUUUGGGGGGGCAGUACCUGGAGCAGGUGGCAUCUAUGAUGGGCCUCUCUCUCACCUUCCACGGCAUAGAAACCACGCCACACGACUUCCAUCCGUCGCAAAUGGAGGUGGAUGAAGGAGAGGAGGUGGUGGUGUCGGCCAAUUGGGGCCUCAUGGUCUUUCCAGACGACACAGUGCUUCGCUCCAACCCCCGCAACUCCAUCCUCAGGUGGAUUCGCGACCUGCGCCCGCUGCUGCUACUCCAGGUCGACAUUGAUUUGGACGCCAACGGCCCCUUCUUCCUCUCGCGCUUCCACGCUGCCUUCGCCAACUUUGCAGCGUUCGUCGAGUCCUUUGAUGCUUCCAUGCCGCACGCUGCCACGCCACGCUUCGCGGUAGAAAGCAUCCUUGCACACGACUUUAUAAAUGGAGUCGCAUGCGAGGGCAUGAACCGAUGGCUGCGGGCGGAGCGGCUCGAGAAAUGGGUGCAUCGGAUGAGAGCUGUGGGGCUGGAACCCGUACCUUUAGGGCCGGACACGGUGGCGGCUGGGAGGGAGAUCACAGAGGGGAAGGACAGGCGGUUCCGGCUGGAAGUGCAUGCUGAGACGGGCGCCCUGCAGCUCAGCUGGCGUGGCGUGCCCAUGCUAACUCUUGCGCUUGAUGGUGUUUCAACCCUCUCACCUGCCUCUCGACCUCCUUACUCUGGGGAAUUCAACCUCCCUCCCUGCUCUGCUGUCGCCUCGCUCCUGGGGCCUCACCCCCUCCCCUCCACCGCCUCCCGCUCUCCUCACUCACCUCCCAUCCUCAGUGAUGGGAUGGCGAAGCGCAGGUCGUCGUUUCCCAUCGUGCGAUGGCUGCUCAUCGCGUGCGCCUUCUCCUUCGUGCUCGUUCAGAUUCGGAUGCUGAUGGUGGGAACGGAGUGCUCGGACCGCGUGAAGGUGCUCAUGGAGGCGCAGCGCAAGUGGGCCAACGAGGCUCGCGCGCUGCGGAAGAACCUGACAGAUGUCACCCGAGACGCGAUGGGGCUGGAGGAGGAGCUGGAGAAGGCGCAAACGGCUUACAAGCAGACGCGGCAAGAGCUGGAAGCUGCUCAGAGAAGACAGGAGCAGCAGAAGGCGCAAGAGCAUAGCGCACAACAACAGCAACAGCAGAAACAAGAAGCAGCACAUGUAAAGGCAGCGACGGAAGGGCAGACAGGAGCAGGGGGGGCGGGAGGUAACAUACGAGGGAAGGUGCAGGAUGGGGGAGUGGUGCAGGCAGGGGGAGCAGGGAGAGCAGGGAGGAUGCGGGGAGGGGGCGAGGCAAAGGAUGCCGUGGCAGCGGUGGUGAUCAUGGCGUGUAACCGCGUUGACUAUCUCGAUCGCACCAUCCAAUCCGUGCUGCUGCACCACAAGGGCGCUGACAGCAAGUUCCCCCUCUUCAUCUCCCAGGACGGCACGAAUGCAGGCGUCAAGGAGAGGGCCAAGCAGGCCCACCAGUUCACCUACCUACAGCACAUCGAGACAGCACCCCCCAGAAUGAACAACCCAGGGGAGAACAUUGCGUAUUACAGAAUAGCAGAGCAUUACAAGUUCGCCCUCACAGAGCUCUUUGACCGACGCCAGUUUCCACGUGUCAUCAUUCUCGAAGACGACAUGGAGCUAGCUCCUGACUUCUUUGAUUACUUUGAGGCCGCCUCCAACCUGCUAGAUGUGGACGAGUCCAUCCUAGCGGUAUCUUCCUGGAACGACAACGGGCAGAAGCAAUUCGUGCACGACGCGCACCAGCUGUACCGCUCGGACUUCUUCCCAGGGCUGGGCUGGAUGCUGAGGAGAGAGCUGUGGGCGGAGCUCAAGCCCAAGUGGGCCAGGGCCUACUGGGACGACUGGCUGCGCCUCCCGGAGCAGCGCAAGGGCCGUCAGACCAUCCGCCCGGAGGUCUGCCGAACCUACAACUUCGGGGAGCAUGGUUCCAGCAUGGGUCAAUACUUCAGCCAGUACCUGGCACCCAUCAGGCUCAACACCGAGCCCAUCAACUGGGCUCAGAAGGACCUCAGUUACCUGCUGGACGUCAGCUACCCGUCCUACAUGCUCUCCCAGCUGCGUUCGGCUCGCCUCAUCCCACUUGCAGCAGUCAACACCGAGGUGGUAACCCCAUCGGAGCUCGGUUACGAUGUAAUGGUGGAGUAUCGGGAUGAAGGCAGUUUCGCGGAGCUUGCGGGGGAGUUUGCCGUUCCGCACCGGCGGCGCGCUCUCCGCGUAUCCGCUCCGCGCGCGCAAGCCGACAAUGGCUCGAGUCAGAGAAGCGGGCCGCGGUGGGACCCGUUAUUAGCAGACUCGGGAACAGAUUGCCCCGUGCCGGAGGAGCAGCAGCCUAUUAACGAGUACCAGAGCCUUCUAGAGAGCGCGGUGUUCCCGUGGGUCACGCUAGACGGCCUUAACUACGCGCUGCGGCUCCUGGGCAUUGGAGUGGUUGUCUCCGCGCUGAUUGGCUGGCCUAUCGCGUCGCUGACGUUCGAUCCUAAGAGGGACGCGCUACAGUGUCUGCUGGGGUCUCUGGGCGGCGGUCAGUUGGCGGUUACUCUGGCGGCGCUUCGGCUGUAUCUGGGGUGGUCAUAUAUCGGCAACAGACUGUUCAGUGCUACAGUGGAAUACGAGGAGACGGGGUGGUAUGAUGGGCAGGUGUGGGUGAAGACCCCUGAGCUACUGGCGCGAGACAGACUGCUCGCCUCCUACAAGGUGAAGCCAGUGCUCAAUCGCCUCAAGUCCACCCUCCUAGGCUUGGGCCUCUCCCUUGCCGCCACCACCGCGCUGCUCUUCCUCCUCCCCUCCUCUGCCUCUUCCUCCUCUCUCUCCAGCUUCACUCCUGCCUCUUACAUUCCGGACUCAUCUGCCACGUCAGCACUGACAGCUCAGCAGGAGCGAAGAGCUGGUGACCUUUGGCGAGCGUGCCUUUUGCAGAAGCUCUCACCACCACCCCCAACCCCUCCAUUGCGUCGACUCCUGCGUAUAGCUUCAACUUCCUCCGGACCACCUAUCCAUCCUUCAUUCCUCAGUCACCCCUUCACAUCCCAACCACCGCUGCUGCUUCUCUGA